UAUUGGGCAUCUGCCGAGGGUUUGAAUGAAAACCGCCGAUAGAGGCUGAGGGGCCUUCCGAGCGGCUGGUGGAGUGCUUGGUCUCGUCCUCCUGGUUGUGCAGGCAAUGAUUUCUUUACAGCAAAAGAUUUUAAACUUAAUCAAACAUUUCAGAAGACAAUGGCCCUUAUUUUCAAACUCUGAAAGGACUACUGUAUGUGGAGCCGAUUGCAUGCUGACAGCAUUACAACUGUCCAUGGCUGAAGUCAAUAAACAGCACCAUGGAGAUUUCGCAGCAUCACUCAGUGAUGUGAUGGAAACUUGGAAAUAUUUGUUACAUGACAAACUAGGAUUAUUGUAUGAGAACAUGGAAGAACCUGCAAAUUAUGCUGACUUUAAAAGGGCCUACCAUACUUUCUUAGCAAGCAGCAAUAUGUUAGAUAUAAUAGACAUAUAUCAAAAGUGCUGUGCUCUUGCACUUGUCUCUGAGGAUGAAAGUAUUGCCCCCGGUAUGUUGCUGACUCAUGUUGAGCCAGCUGUCAACCAGAGUCCCCAGGUCCCUUUCUGCAGGACUCCUCUCCAGCCACUUGCAUCCCAGGCUGUUCAACUGCUAGAAUUUAUUUCUGGUGGAAUGAAUGUAUCAAGAAGUAAUGGUUCUGUUCUUCCUUCUACACCAGUCUACAGACAGGAGCAGAACAGUGUGAAGGUGAUGCUCUUUGCCAAGAAGUGUUUUUAUUCAUAUUUAAGCCUGCUGGUGAAUUCUAAGGAUGAUCUGGCACUGGCUCGUAUUCUAAAUGUUCCUGACAGAGGACUUGGUAGAGAAGCCUUCACUAAACUAAAACAUGCCUCACAGGAGAGAAAAAUGUCAAUUUUCCUGAGCAAUCUGAAGAAAAAAAUCCAGUGCUUGAUGUGUAGAUGAAAGACCAAAAUUUGGAGGAACAGUAUUGCUGUUUUUUCGGCUCUGACUCAGAAUUUUUGGAGUGUAAUACUUGCCAUUCAUUUACAGCUUGAUCAGUCUUGAAACAUUCUUCAAGAUGUGAUUGAUAUGGGAUAUUCUUGCUCAUGUUAUUCUCAAAGGCACAGGGCUGGAGAGAGAAAAAACAAAGGAUGGUGUUCUCCCUUAUACAGGAACAAGAAAAAAUUACAGCAUAUAGUCCUCAGAGAGGCUUGGAGCUAAGGAAUCUAAUUUUGUAUGUGAGGUGAAUUUAUAUUUAUAAUUAGAGCAGUUAUAGCCAGCACACAGCCAUCUCAAAAAUAGAUGAGUAAGAUUUCUUUCUCCAGAGAAUCAAUGUGGUCCCUCAUAUUCAGAUAAUCAAAUUUUGCAUACGCAGUGGGAUCUGUACAGUCAACAGUAGACCAAGGAAAAAUAGUAUGGGUAUAUAAAAGUCUCUCAAGCAGCUGCACUAUUGCUUCAGAUUUUACGGUUUAAAAAUAUGGAAAAUUUGUGAAAUCUCAGUUGCAGGAUUAAUUAUUUGAGCUCCUAAUGCUCUGUUAAAAUUGUAUGUGAAAAAAAAAAAAAAGUUGUGUUUGGACUGGAUUUAUUGCUUCUUCCUCCCAGCUGCCAGAGGGGAAACUUCUCUACUGUGUAAAGAAGUUGUCUUUUCUGGCAUCUGUGUCUUGCAGAAAGUCCUGCAAAGCCAGAAUACUUUCCAUUGGAAGGCAAGGUCCUAUGAACCAUAUUAAUCCAGUGCAAAAGGAGGGAUACUGGCAGGUUUAUUUUCUUUGCUAGAGUAAUUCCAGUUGUAUUCUUUACAGUCCCAAGAGCUUUAUGAUUUAACUGUGUAGUAUGAAAUUAAAUUGUAUAGGUAGAAUUAAUAUUGCUGUACCUGUCAAAUGUUUUAGGUUCUUAUCUUUAACUUUUUAUGGAGAGAUUUAUUUUAUUUAACUGUUGGCUUAAAAUGUGAGGGGUUACACUCUAAAGUGUGCUGCUGUUGUGGUUCAACCUGGCAGACAGCUCAGCACCACACAGCUGUUUGCUCACUCUCUUUGCAUUCCAGUAGGAUGGAGGAGAGAAUCAGGAAAAAAAAAAAAUAGAUCUCAUAGGUUGAGAUUAUAAAUAUUACUAAGAUGGAAAAGGAUGAGAGAAAUAAUAGUAACGAUAAGAACAUUUCUCUGUGUAUCACAUGCAUACAUAAAUUGUUCACCACCCAUUGACUAAUGCUCAGCCAGACCCUGAGCAGCAGAAGCUCCCCCACCCCAAAUUCCCCCAGUUUUAUAUUUGCAUGAUGUCAUAUGGUAUGGAAUAUCCCUUUGGCCAGUUUAGGUCAACAGUUGUGGUUCUGUCCCUUCCCAGCUUCUUGUGCACCCCCCGCCCUGUCACUGACAUGAGAAGCUGAAAUAUCCUUGAUGCUGCGUAGCGCUGCUGAGCAGCAACUUAAACAUCAGCAUGUUAUCAAUGUUGUUUUUCUUCUAAAGCUAAAACAUAGCAUCAUAGCAGACAAUAUGAAGAAAAUAUGUUGUCUCAGUUGAAACCAGAUCAAUAUCCACUUCUUAUUCUGUAUUGUUUACGUAAUACUCAAGUCCCACACUUUCCAAUACACCCCAAUUAAUUACCAUCACCUUUUCUGCCUUCUGAGAGAGAGAUAUAUAUAUAUAUGUAUAUAGAUAGAUAAAGAUAUCUAUAUCAUCUAUAUAUAUAUAUAUAUAUGUAUGCGCAGACAUUGUUUCCAUAGUCUUUAGGCCAUUUCGCAAUGUUGUCUGUGGAGUUCACUUAAUCUGUGACUUUGGGCUCCAUCUAUUGUAACAAUCCUUCAGGACAAGAGACUUGUUGGAUGUUGCAUGCAUCAACUAGAUGCUGUUAAGAAAAUCAGCUCCAUCCCAAUUGAAACCAGGACGACUGCUGAUGGGACAUCUCUUAUUUUCAGUGUCUUUACUGUAUAUAAAAUAUAGGGAAACUUUCAG